UGUUGAUACUACGUCAACUGUGGCGAUUUUCCCUCCGGACGAGGCUUCGAUGAAGAGUUGUUAGUGUUUAAGGCCACUUCAUAUUUACUCCACGAUCACACAACCAGAUGCCCUGAACAAAUACAUUUCGAGGCGGCGUUGGAGAUCGUCCCCUGUUCAUGUCAUCAGCCAUGUCUCAGGAGGGAUUUCAGUCAGUGGCGGAGGAAAGCCCCGGCGACACCAGCUUGAACGCACUUGAAACGCAGAGAGGCACUCCUGGGAAAACGCCCAUACAAAUCCUGCACGAAUACGGCACCAAAUCAGGCAACCUCCCCGUGUACGUGCUGGAGAAGGCCGAAGGAGAGGCUCACCAGCCCAGCUUCGUCUUCAGCGUGAAAAUUGGAGAUGUGAGCUGCACAGGUCAAGGUCCCAGUAAAAAAGCUGCCAAACACCAGGCUGCAGAAGCUGCCCUCAGUAUUCUGCAGCAAGACAAUGAAACAGUCUGUGGUAACCGCGUUGAUGGGAUUCCCAACAGGAACAUUCCUGUGAAGUCUGAGAGUAACGGUGUUGCAGCAGAAACAAACAAUCAUCCAAACUCGGUGGGGAUACUGCAGGAGCUAGCGUUGCAGAGAGGAUGGCGUCUUCCAGAAUACACAGUUUUAAUGGAAGCUGGUCCACCACACAAGAGAGAGUUCACCGUUACGUGUCGACUGGAGUCCCUCUCAGAAAAGGCUGUCGGAAAUUCAAAAAAGGGAGCAAAAAAGGCAGCUGCAGAGAAAAUGAUAGCAAAGCUACAAAGUCUGUCAGGCUGUUCUGAAAUCACAUGGAUGCCUAAACCAAGCGUCCGAUUCGAGAACUUGAGGAACUCGUCAGCGGAGAAGAUGUGUUUACUGAGGAGAAACCCCCUGAGCAUUCCCAACACCGAUUACAUCCAGUUGAUGUUGGAGCUGUCCAAUGAGCAAGGCUUUGAGGUCACGUAUUUUGAUAUUGAUGAGCUGACGGUGAACGGCCAGUACCAGUGUCUUGCAGAGCUGUCCACCUCCCCGGUCACCGUGUGCCACGGUACAGGCAUUUCCUGUAGCAACGCGCACAACGACGCAGCACACAGUGCCCUGCAAUACAUCAAGAUCAUGGCCUCCAUCAAGUAAACACAACCACAGUCGUUUUACCCAUGUUGUCGCAUAUAUCUGAUAAUGUCCUGUCGCGGUGAGGCUGUAGUUUAUUCUUCCCACUAAGUCUUCCUGCGUGGGGUUGAUGAGAGGUCAAGGUAUAUUUUUAUAAAUAUGUAUAUCACAAAGCAAAAUCAUGAUAAUGCUCAAAACCAACUCAAAGUACAUCUGCUUGAAUCUAGCAGCUUAGGAGCAAUGUUAAUCAGUCAAUAUUAAGAAUAAAAUCUAAAUCACUUGUCUUCAGGUUGCUAGGAUAUUAUCAUGUAUUACAUAGGACAAGGACAUGUUUAAGGGAACGCUGCGGUGAAUAUUAUGAAGCACGUCCUCGUGACAUUUUAAAUGCAUUUUUUGAAAUAUUUAACUUUAUUUAUCCACAGAGUGGUUUUUUUUAUUGAAUAUGUUGCCUUUUUUUAGUCAAAUGCUUUUAGGUUCCAGUCGAGCUGUCGACAGCCAACAGAAGACUAUAAACUUAUAAUUCAGUUCAGAGAUUCCUGCCUUUCUAUUAAACUCAAAUGAACGAAAGUUGCCUGAAAAUGAAAGGGAAUUGGAAGAGAUUAUUUAGACUUUUUAAAUUUGAAAAAGACAAAGUGCAAUUUAUUUUUUUCCCCCAUUUCCAUUUUUCCAUCUGUCUAUGCAAUCAACAGUUCAUCCCCCUUUGUCAUGACCCGGUUGACUCUGAAAAUAGAUAUGACCACCUACUUUACCGUGUUCGCCCUUUCUGCUGGUCUUUUUUUAUGCAGUCUGUGCCUCACGCAGUAGAACCUAGAAGUAAAUUCUGUGAUAUAUUAAUUUCAUUUACUGACCGGUGUCCUCUGCUGUAUGAACUGAACUUUGUCAGUGAAAAGUAACAGCAGCAACAACAUGUGUAAUAAGCCAGAAAAUAAAUCCAAACAUUAAAUGUUAA